GGUUGCACUGGUUGCGCCCCUGGGGAAGGCGGCUGCGAAGAGCCCAUAAGAUGCUUACGCUCGUUGCAGGCUUCACACCCGCCGUGGUGCUGGGCACCCGCCGUCCGAUGCCUCAGCGUCCCUUGGUGGCGAUGACGGCAGCACCCACCACAGCAUCAUCGGCGGGUGCAUCGACUGCCGCCACCCGCACCUUUUGCAGGGCUUCCGACCUCCUCGCAUCCGGACCCAAAGUGUCUGCCAUUGAUGUCGUCAACGUUCUCGGUCGAUGGCAACGGAUGGAGGAGUGGGACAGCAUAGGGGAACUCCCCGCAAUGGACGCCUUCUUCGACGCGGAGGGCAACAUCGUGGACGGCCCUGCGCUGCGCGACGCGUGGGCGCGCUGGGAGGAGGCCUUCCCUCGCAAGGCGUCGCGGCUCAGCAGCGAGACUCGCACCUCCAAGUUGCCCCGCUGGCCAAAAAAUGACCCGCAGUUCUCCGCGCCCGACGUCGAGAAGGCCGGCGCCCAGCCGUGGGCGGCCAGGACGCCGCAGCGGCGUGGGUUCUGCAAGCGGAAGUCGCAAGCGCAGCGGCACUGGCACGAGCAGAAUGUCGGCAGACUGUCCUUCCGCUCGGACGCCCUCGCUGCCUCGGUCGGCUGCACCGCGGCCGAACUCGACGCGAGGGAGGUCUCUCCCUUGGCGUGCGACGUGGUCUUCGAUGCGCUGUCGCGCUCCCAGUCCGGCAUCACCGACAAGCUGGGCUGCGACGAGCGGCGCGCGAGCUACGAGACGGCACAAGGCGGUUUCGACGCCGACGCGUUCGAGGAGGACCUCGCACGCGGCCGUGCCAGCGUGGCAAGAUCGUAUGCCAUCUACCCGGGUUCGAUCAACCUGGUGUCGCUCUUCGUCUACUACGAGUACGAGCGGCUGCACGACUUCCACGUCACGACCGACUACCUCUCCAGCUUUGUGCAGCGCUUCCAGGAGAACUUGUCGGCCUUGUCGUGACAAGCGUGGUGGGGAAGACGCGAAAAGGCUUCCCUUGUGCACCAGCAUGUACCAUUUUUCUCUCUCUGCUCGUGCUCUCCAAGAAAAGUACGCGUGAUGUGAAUGUAUUAUGAGAGCGCCGAGAGGGAGAGGUUAGGGCUGUACGACACAGCUGACAAAAACUUAGGGGACCCCUAGGGUUCUGAGGGCCGGAUUUUUUUAAGACCUUUUAAG